CCGCUGCCCCCCGGGGACUGGAACGCCCCCGAGCUCCGGUACCGGGUGCAGUGGCGGCCGCUGGAGCCGGGCCGGGGCCGCUGGGCCGAGGCCACGGUCGGGGAGCCCCCCCUGGUGGUCCGGGACACCCCAACUUUCAGCCCCUACGAGAUCCGCGUCCAGGCCGUCAACGAGGCCGGGAAGGGCCCCGAGCCCCCCGUGGUCAUCGGCUACUCCGGGGAGGACCUGCCCCUGGUGUACCCCGAAAACGUGGGGGUGGAGAUCCUGAACAGCACCAGCGUCCGCGUCACCUGGAGCCUGGGCGGGGCCGCGCGUGACCUGCGGGGACACCUGAGGGGCUACCGG